AUGGGUUCAUCUUCGAAAGCACACAUUUCACCCAAAGUUGACUUUGAGGUCCUUGGUAAUCUCGGUGUCAAAUCCGGGAGCUUCGAUCUGAAUGACACAAUUCUCUGCGUUGAGCCACUUGAGCAUACAUUCUUUUACCCCUUUGAAAUCGAGAAGCGCACAGCGUAUACGCCUGGUUUGUCCUCCGUUAUAACUGCCAUUGCAUCCAAAACAGACCAGACCACAAUCACGAACUAUAGGCUUAGAAUCGCUCUCACGAUUGUGACGUCUGUCAUCGGCUAUAUGAUGAGCAAUGGUAUCAGAGUCUUGACCAGAAAAGAUGUAGAGACGUCGACUGGUGUUGGAUUCGUUGCGUAG